AUGGUUGCGAUCGAGGAAGAGCAAGAGGCGAGUGCUCAGGAAGUUCCCCAGCCCGAAGAAAAGGAUCGUGUUACUCAGACAGGAAAAGUUGACUGGAUGCACCCCUUUGCGAUGACGUGUUCCGAGACCAAACUUGAGCUUCUCACUAAACUUUUGUUGGCCGUUCUGGUCGUCGAGUACAAGAAACCGACCCAGACUUAUGCGAAAGCCCUUGUGCAGGCAAAGAUGUACCCGGAGGCUUCUGUUAGAUAUCUCGCAAGUCUAGGUGUCACCAGAAAGGUGUUUUCGCGCUCGUUACGGAUGGCGUUGAAGGGGCCAUUCUCAUGGCGUAGUGUUCUAGCGACUCAGAGGCAAGCCGUCUAUAUUGUUGAGCGCAACGUGCAGACAUUCAAUAUCUCCUCGCCCAUUGAAGUCUACCAUUUCGUGACGGUGCUUUUGCGUCUGCGAGAAUAUGGUGAUACGACACUGAAGGACGCCGUCGAGGAGGCGUUAAUGGCCGAUGGCUUUAAACAGACUAGCUGGAGCAAAACGGCGCAGUUCAAUAUGAUGGAACAAGAUUGACUGGGAUUUAUAGAUGCUUUACUUGUGCUCUGAGUGAUGUGUGCACACGCUUUCCAUUUGCUAUCGAGGAUUUAGAUGCUACGCUAUAUACCAUGUACUUGAGAUAGGAAUUCCACAACCACGCUAUCGACCUAUUGAAUAUACUGAGAAUUACCUCUGAGCAAGCUACCUCGCCGUUCAGAACAUUCAUCGUUCAACCUUCGCUGCAGUACCUAUGUCCACAAACCAAGGUGCUCGGAUCGGACAUCCCUGCAUGUCUUCAGCCAUGCGCAUCGUUUCUUUCCCGUCCGGCUGUCCCAUCAGGUCAGAGUGCUAGAGAAAGUCUACCAUUACAUCGACGCACCUUUC